AUGCUGGGCAGAAGGUUGAGUCAUGUACCGUCAUUUGCAUCGCUGAACAUUCCUUACAGGAAAUCCUUUGGUCACAAGUUCAGAGAUGCGAUUGCCAACUGUGGGUCGCGAAUGAAACCUAUUAGGAAAUACAUUUUUCCGAAUUUCCUAGCGGUACAUUAUUUCUACAUCAUCAUGGUCACAAUUAUUGCCUCUAUUCUCAUGUACCCCGUCAAAGACUUUCGCUACAUUGAUAUUUUGUUCCUAGCUGCUGGUGCCACUACACAAGGUGGUUUGAAUACUGUCGACACCAAUAAACUUUCGUUGUACCAACAAAUAAUAGUUUAUCUCACAUGCAUCUGCUGCACACCGAUUGCGAUACAUGGAUGCCUUGCCUUUGUUAGGCUGUACUGGUUUGAGAGACACUUUGACAACAUUAGAGAUUCUUCGAAGAAAAACUAUAAAAUGCGAAGAACAAAGACGAUUUUAGAACGCCAAAUGACCAACAGAACGAUAUCACGAAGAUCACAGCGCACUGGGCAAUCUAGGCUUCCAACGGCGGCGUCGGGAAAUGACGACAACUUUCAGGAAAAGCUGUUCAGUGGUAAAAAGCUGUACAGAGAUGAAGGAGAACCUGCGACUGCGGAUCAGCAGGCUGAACCGUCAGAAAGCACGAGGAAAGACGGUCUGGACCUGAAUGGAUCCUCAGGCUCCAGCUCAAACACAGCGAAUAAUAAUAAUGCUGUCCUUUAUCCGAGAGGAGACUUGACAUUUGAGGAACCAGGCAUCAGGAGACGGAGCAAGCCUCGGGAGGGGUUUGUUGGGAGAAGGAAAUCGACGGAAAUAUCUCCUGAAGAUAUGUAUAGAUCAAUUCAGAUGAUGCAGGGACAGCAUCAAGAGGAUUCCGAGGAUGAAGGCCCUGCGUUAGUUAUUAGUGGACCUAAUGAUAGAGGCUCAAGCUAUUUUGAAAAUAAUGAACCGCAAAACGAUGGCCAGCAAGGCGAAGUACACGAGUCCACGAAUCAUUAUAAGGAAAGCAACAGUAGUGAUGUGUCUGAAGAGGCGGCAAAUAAGGAAGCCGAGCUCACAAAGAAGUCCAUGGGUGAAUCAGAUCACGAGGAUCUAGGGAAAGGUGUCCCGCACGGAGAUGAGUCCGCUAAGCCAGCAAUUCAGUUUGAUGUCUCGGCUUUGCCCAAAAGACCAAUGAAAAACCGUUACGGGACCAGCAUACGCGGCCCAACUUUGCAGAGAAGAAGAUCCAGCAGGGGCUUACUCAAGCACCUCUCCAAAGGAAAAGCUAUUGGCCAGAAAUUGAGAAGGCGUCUAUCAUCCAAUACUAUGGAGCGUCCGUCUGCAAAACAGCCAAAGAGUCAUAUAGACGAAGAAGAGGCAUCAGAUAAGGACAACAUGGAGGAGUAUUUUGCAGACAACGAAAGUGAUGAAGAAGAGGAAGAUUUGAAGACGCACAAUUUUAGCCAUCCUUUCGAGCGCAUCCACACAUCCGAUGAAAUCGGUAGCUCCCAUGUCUCAUCCAGCAGUAAAAUGCCUAGAAGCUUGACAAUGGACGCUCAUCAAGCUAAGAAUUUAGACGACUUAACACAGUCACCUGAAUUCCAAAGAUUGAUAUAUCGUGACUGGAAAAGAAGACACAGGAAACCAAACCCACUGAGAAGAAAAAGUUGGACUGCGAAAAAAAGUGAGAGUGAGUAUAGCACAGGGUUCCCAUGGAUGCAAGACACUUUCAACUCCGAUGACCAAGCCUCAAAUGACCACGAGUUAAACCAAGAAGAUUCAGUGCAUAGUUUUGAUGCUGAAAAUGACCUCGCCGAAAGGUCGUCUAAUGAUGAAAACAAAGCUAUAAAUGACGAUCCUGAUGAGCAAAGGAAUAGAAGCUCCCUUGAUGAGGAACUAGGAUAUUAUGGCCUGACUAUUGACCCAGAUUUUUCUGGCAGUCCACGUCCUCGAAUCGCACGUACUAUGAGCACUAACUACCUAUCGUGGCAGCCUACCAUUGGUCGUAACUCCACGUUUGCGGGGUUGAAUAAGGCGCAAAAGGAAGAAUUAGGCGGCAUCGAAUAUACUUCUAUCAAACUGCUUUGCCGCAUCCUUGUUAUAUACUAUGUGGGAUUUAUGAUAUUAUCCUUCGUACUAUUGCUGCCUUGGGUUUUAUCCAUGCCGAAGUACAAGCGGAUAAUUCGAGAAGAUGGUGUGUCACCUACAUGGUGGGGAUUCUUCACAGCCAUGAGUGCCUUCUCAGAUCUAGGACUUACUUUGACUCCAGACUCCAUGAACUCGUUCAAUGAAGCAAUUUACCCGCUCGUGGUCAUGAUCUGGUUCAUUAUCAUUGGUAACACCGGCUUCCCAGUUCUUUUGCGGUUUAUUAUUUGGGUGUUAUUCAAACUAUCUCCAGAAUUAUCUCAAACAAAAGAGAAUCUUGGUUUUCUGCUUGACCAUCCUCGUCGUUGCUUCACGUUGCUAUUUCCCAGCGCUGCCACCUGGUGGCUGCUCAUAACAUUGGUCGGGCUCAAUUCCUUCGAUCUAGUGAUAUUUCUCAUUCUCGACUUUGGCGCCCCAGUUUUGAAGCCGAUUGGUAAAGGUUAUAGAGUGCUGGACGGGCUUUUCCAGAGUGUGAGCACAAGAACGGCAGGCUUCUCUGUUGUUGACAUAAGCCAAUUGCACCCCGCGGUACAGGUGUCCUAUAUGCUGAUGAUGUAUGUGUCGGUAUUGCCGCUGGCCAUUUCGAUAAGAAGAACCAACGUUUAUGAAGAGCAGUCUCUAGGAAUGUACGGGAAGAUGGAAAGGGAGGACACUCUUCACUCAGAAGAGUCCGAUAGCAGUGAGGGGUCAGCAGGUGAUUCAAACCUACCAAGGGCGCAAGCUAAGAAAAAGAAGAAGGAUCCAUCCACCGAGUCAUUCAUCGGAGCGCACUUAAGGAAGCAAUUGUCUUUCGACAUAUGGUUUCUAUUUCUUGGCCUAUUCAUUAUCUGUCUUUGUGAAGGAGGCAAAAUCAAAGAUCCGACAAAGCCCGAUUUCAACAUAUUUGCGAUCCUUUUCGAAAUUGUGAGUGCGUACGGCACAGUUGGACUUUCCCUUGGGUUCCCGAACUUCAACACUUCUUUCUCAGGACAGUUUACAACCCUAUCAAAGCUGGUAAUGGUUGCGAUGCUCAUCAGAGGUAGACACAGAGGCCUCCCAUACGCGUUGGACCGCGCUAUCAUGUUACCCAGUGAUAGAUUGGAGCAUGUCGAUCACAUCGAGGAUCUGAAGCUGAAGCGCAUUCCGCGAAGCGCAAGCGACAACGUUGAUCCAGUUACUGCAUACUUCAAGAAAAAAACAAGCCAAUUGAAUAACCUCUUCGGGCGCCUAAGGUCCACCGUGGCAAAACCUGAAAACUCGGCACUGCACUCCUACGAGGACAACCAUGACCGUCCCGAUUACAAUCUCCCUGGAGCCCGUAACUCCACACGGGACCCUCUAGAUUCGUCCUCUCGCCAUGCAGCACCUCGUGGUGACCCUUCGCUGCCAUCAUCCAUGCAUUCAACAUCGUCGAUGGAGUCUCCAGGCUCACUGCACCAUCUCGAUGGGCUCUCAGCGCGCCGCAAGGAGCGAUCAGACGACGAGCCACUCGACACGAACAUACCCGUCUCCUACCAAGAGUAA